GGUGAAAUGAAAGCGGAAUUACCGAGGGAGAGCAGUAAGAAAUAGCAUCAGAAAAAUAAAGAAGAUCUGGAUCAAGUACGGCCUUUGGGGUCACGCUUUCAGGUCAGAAUUCUUCAAAGCUCUUGGAACACCAUGUCUCCACCUUCUACCUGCUCCCCUGAAACUUCUUAUACUCAACUCCUACUGGUUCUUCAGGAGGUAGCUCAAAGCCUUCCCUGAACCUCAGUUUAAGUGAGCAUUAUCAGCUGCUUCUUGAACACAGGUGAAGAUGGUCACCUCUCUGUGGCGGCCUCAGCUCUUACCUGUACAUCAAGACUAUGCUAGCAACAAAUUGGGAGCUUGAGUCCCCAUUUUCAAUUCUCAAAGGAUAAAGAGCCUGAUUGGCCCAAAUGGUCUCAGGUGUCUGUCUACUCGUUGUCUAAUCAGCCACGGUGAGACAGAGUGAGGAGAUGACACCUAGACUGAAGUAGCAGCAGUAAUGAGCUGACAGCCUCACAUCUACUUUCGGUGUGCCGUGAAUGAGCCAUAGGAUCUUAGGCAAGUCCCUUACUCUUUCCAGGCCAAACAGGUUGGACUACAUAAUCUUCUCUGUUCCCAUCUGCUUCUAAGAAUUUGUGAUUCUUUGGAACAAUAUACUGGACGCUGGUAUUAAGGGGAUUUUUACAUUUCAGUGCUAGAAACUGUCCUUCCCUGUCCUCCCACCGCUCCCUUGCCCUUUUUCUACCACUUCCCCAUCUUACCGUAGUCCUUGGGGACUCCUUUUGUUCCCCAGGGAGUAAAAUUACAGUCAAGGUUAAGGAAACAUUUUUAUUCACUUUCUAUCUGGAGUUUGCCUCCUACAAAGGAGGCUCGUCCUUAAAAAAAAAAAAAAUAGAGCAGGGCAAGAGGGCGCGGCCGAGGGAUCAGGCUUCUUUUCCGGGAAAGUUACCCGAAGGCCAGCUAUAUGUCAUCCUGGGAUUUGUAGUUCCUUUUCGGGACCCUCUCCCUUGGUAACUCCUUGAUCGUGAGGCCGAGAUGGACUACAACUCCCAGAGGGCCAAGCGGCGGCAGCGGGGUCCUGUACUCUCGCUGUGGCUGGGCGGCUAGUUCAAGUUGCCAUAGCUGCGAGUGUGGGAAGAGCAGAGUCGGUUGAGUAGCUGCGUUUGGUCAGUUGCACCUUCUGGGUCACUGGUAGCCGCGGGAGCCGGGUGGGGCCUAGGCGAUGAUCCGGCAUUAAGGAGCUGGGGUCAUCCUCCGUCUCAGGGGUGCCCGCGGUCAGGUCCUGGCCAGGUUAUCCAGCGAAUCUGGACUGCAUUGUCCUUCCUUUGGGAGCAGCUUGCUCUACCGCUAGCAUCUGUGAAACUUUAAGGGACAGGAGAUUGGACUCAUUCGGUGGUUUGGGGAAAGUAUAGGGGCAACCAAAGAUCAUCUGCUUGACUAGGCCCUUUGCCCUGAACCUCAUGAAGAAAUGAUAGGAGGCAGACAUAUGUGCCUAAAAAGAGCGUUGAGCUCAGAGAAGAGCAACUCGGAGUUUUGGGGGUGUGCUUUGAGUUCCAUCAGAUGCAGGAAUUUGAACAUCUUUUAUUGCUUACAGUAACUUAACUUUAUAGCUGAAGACUUUGUGUGUGUGCUAGUGAAACUCAUGCCGGAACGUGUGAUUCUGUCUUAGUAAAAGUAUGUAAUCCUAGUGGGGGAUUUGUGUACAUCAAUGGCAGAAUCAUCCAGCGAAUCAGAUCACUUUCGCUAUCGCGACCGAUUGAGUCCAUGGGCUGCCAGAUCAACUCACAGGGGAGCUCGAAGUCUUCCUACAGUAGAAGUUACCGAGAAGGUCAACACUAUAACAAGUACUUUACAGGAUACCAGUCGGAACCUGCGACAAGUGGACCAGAUGCUUGGACGAUACCGAGAAUACAGUAAUGGACAGGCGGGUGCGAUAGAACAUUUAAAAGAAAGCUUGGAACAAUCAAUCGACCAACUCCGGAGUCAACGUUUAUUGAGAAACUCAGGAGGGAGAAGUAUUUCUGUUACAAGUUUGAGUGCAAGUGACCUUGAUGGUGGCACUGGGCCAGAGAGCCAUCGUUUUCCACCUACCUCACCUCUCAAGGACUAUGGGGAUCCACUGGGUAUUAAACGAAUGAGAUCAAGAACUGGUGUCCGCUUUGUUCAAGACACUGAUGAUAUGACUCAGCUUCAUGCUUUUCAUCAGUCUCUUCGAGACCUCAGCAGUGAACAAAUUCGCCUUGGAGAUGAUUUCAACAGGGAGCUUUCCAGAAGGAGCCGGUCGGAUGCCGAAACAAAAAGGACUUUGGAAGAUUUGACUGAAAAACUUAAUGAAGCCCAGAAACAAGAAGUGGUUUCAGAUCGGGUGGAGCGGCGGCUUAAGGAACUAGAGAGAGAGAUGCGCACAGAAAGGGAGCUGGUGGAAAGACGCCAGGACCAACUGGGACUCAUGUCCCUGCAGCUACAGGAGGCACUAAAGAAACAAGAAGCUAAAGCAGAUGAGCAUGAGGGGGCAAUAAAAAAUAAGCUAAUACAAACUGAAACUGAGAAGAAUCAACUUGAACAGGAAUUGGAGCUAUCUCGAAAGUUAUUGAAUCAAUCUGAAGGCAGCCGAGAAACACUUUUGCAUCAGGUAGAAGAACUGCGUGCACAACUUACGAAAGCAGAGGGUGAUCGAAAGGGUUUACAGCAUCAAGUGUCUCAGAUUUCCAAGCAACAGUCAAACUAUCAGGAUGAACAAGGGGAGGACUGGAGGUUUAGGAGAGGGGUUGAGCGGGAAAAACAGGACCUGGAGAAGCAAAUGUCAGAUUUCAGAGUGCAGCUGAACUUCAGUGCAAUGGCAUCUGAGUUAGAGGAAGUGAAACGGUGCAUGGAGAGAAAAGACAAGGAGAAAGCACAUUUGGCAUCACAAGUAGAGAAUUUAACACGUGAACUGGAGAAUGGGGAAAAACAGCAACUCCAGAUGUUGGAUCGACUUAAGGAGAUCCAGAGUCACUUUGACACAUGUGAGGCCGAGCGUAAGCAUGCUGACCUUCAGAUCUCAGAGCUGACUCGCCAUGCGGAGGAUGCAACCAAGCAGGCUGAGCAGUACCUCAGUGAGCUCCAGCAGUCAGAGGCCCUGAAAGAGGAGGCGGAGAAGAGGAGGGAAGACCUGAAACUGAAAGCUCAAGAAUCCAUUAGGCAGUGGAAGCUUAAACAUAAGAAGUUAGAGCGAGCAUUGGAGAAACAAUCUGAAACGGUUGAUGAACUGACAGGCAAGAAUAAUCAGAUUUUAAAAGAAAAGGAUGAAUUGAAAACCCAGAUGUAUGCAGCAUUACAACAAAUAGAGAAUCUUCGAAAGGAAUUGAAUGAUGUCCUAACAAAGCGUGCCCUUCAGGAGGAGGAGCUUCACUCCAAGGAGGAGAAACUACGUGAUAUUAAGUCUCAUCAAGCUGACCUUGAAUUGGAAGUCAAGAAUUCCCUGGAUACCAUCCAUAGACUGGAAAGCGAAUUGAAAAAGCAGAGUAAGAUCCAAAGCCAAAUGAAAGUUGAGAAAGCGCACUUGGAGGAAGAAAUUGCAGAGCUCAAGAAGAGCCAGGCCCAGGACAAAGCUAAACUUCUUGAGAUGCAAGAGUCCAUCAAGGACCUGAGUGCCAUCCGAGCAGAUCUUGCUAAUAAAUUGGCCGAGGAAGAGAGAGCCAAGAAAGCAGUGCUUAAGGACCUUUCUGACCUCACUGCACAGGCAAAAUCCAGGGAUGAAGAAACAGCUACAAUCAUCACACAGUUAAAGCUGGAACGAGAUGUUCACCAGAGGGAGCUGAAAGAUCUCACAUCAUCGUUGCAGAGUGUGAAAACAAAACAUGAACAAAAUAUCCAGGAGCUUAUGAAACACUUUAAGAAAGAAAAGAGUGAGGCUGAGAAUCAUAUCAGGACACUGAAGGCUGAAAGUUUAGAAGAGAAGAAUAUGGCUAAAGUUCAUCGUGGUCAACUGGAUAAGUUGAAAUCACAGUGUGACAGACUGACAGAGGAAUUAACCCAGAAUGAAAAUGAGAACAAAAAACUGAAGCUAAAAUAUCAAUGUUUGAAGGAUCAACUAGAAGAAAGGGAAAAACAUAUAAGCAUUGAAGAAGAGCACUUAAGGAGGACUGAAGAGGCCAGAUUGCAGCUCAAGGAUCAACUUCUUUGCUUGGAGACUGAACAGGAAUCCAUUCUUGGUGUGAUAGGAAAGGAAAUUGAUGCAGCUUGUAAAACAUUCUCCAAGGACUCAAUGGAGAAAUUAAAAGUUUUUUCAUCUGGUCCUGAUAUACAUUAUGACCCACAUCGCUGGUUAGCAGAAAGCAAGACUAAACUUCAAUGGCUCUGUGAGGAACUGAAAGAGAGAGAAAACAGAGAGAAAAAUCUGCGACACCAGCUGAUGCUCUGCAGACAGCAACUCAGGAAUCUGACUGAAAACAAGGAAUCUGAGCUGCAGUGUCUCUUCCAACAGAUAGAAAGGCAGGAGCAGCUUCUGGAUGAAAUACAUCGUGAGAAAAGAGAUCUACUGGAAGAGACCCAAAGAAAAGAUGAAGAAAUGGGAUCUCUGCAGCCGAAGCUACUGUUUAAACUUCCACCUUGGGAAGAUGCUAGUCAGACUGCAGUGAGAAAUCAGAGUGAAGCUCAAUUGGAAGAAAAAGCAGACCGUGUAAUUGCAUUAGAAACGAGUACCCGAGUGGCCUUGGACCAUCUGGAGUCUGUGCCUGAGAAACUGAGCCUACUAGAAGAUUUCAGAGACUCCAGAGAUUCCUGCAGUUCAUCUGAGAGAACUGAUGGAAGAUACUCUAAAUACAGAGUUCGCAGAAAUUCUCUUCAGCAUCACCAAGAGGACAUCAAGUACAGAACCAAAAGUUUCAAAGGUGACAGAACCUUUCCAGAAGGUUCCCACACUCAUGGGUUAGAUCACUCAUCCUCUUGGCAGGAUCACAGUCGCUUCCUGUCUAGUCCAAGAUUUUCAUACAUGAACUCAUUUACCAAAAGAACUGUUGCUCCAGAUUCAGCUUCAAACAAGGAAGAUGCCACAAUGAAUGGAACAAGUUCACAAUCCAAAAAAGAGGAAUAUGAGAGCUAGAAAAGCAAAUGUAAUUUGUUAUUUUACACGAGUGUUUUACAAAUAAUAACUUCUCUGUUCUUACAGCAAUUUGGCCCAGAUUAUCUACCAGACAUACCUGCAACUUUGGCUCUUUGGUAUUGCCAAACAUCGACAAAAGUGACAAUACUGUUGGUCCUUGUAAAUGGUAAACCAGUCCAAAUAAUAUCAG